AUGGGUGCUGCAGAGUCGUCUAUUUCCGCCAAUUACCGGCUGUUCACCCCUGAUGGAAAUCCUACUACUGUCAAUGCUCAGUAUGGUGCAGGCUCAGGCACUCAAAGAUUAUCUGAUAAUGACCACGAAGCAACCUCAAACUCGUCUACUUUGGCAACUGCUUUAUUAUCGAGGUCACUCUUACUGAAAGGUGUUCAUAAAACCAGUGGGGCCGUAGUAUCUAUUUUUCAAAUGCAGUUAUCGAAAUCCUCACAACCAGGCAUGACAGAAUCUAAUUCAUCUAAUAGGAGUGGUGGUGGUCAAGCCAAUGGUCAGGAUGCAACCAGGCAAGGUGCACCUGGAAAACCCACUGGUAGUACCGUGCUGCCAGAUGGCAUCAAUAAAUUAAAAACCAUCCGACAUCCAGGAAUCAUCAAAUUUAUCACUGCCGAGUCUAAAGGCAGCUCAGUAUUAAUUGUCACCGAAUUUGUCUUAAAGAUUGCUGAUGUUUUGCCUACAAUGUCUGAAGAGGAAAUUUGCUUAGGCAUCUACAAUAUUCUGAAAACCAUCGAGUUUCUGCACCACUCGGGGAUCUCUCACAACAGUCUUGGGAUCGAUUCAAUAUAUUUGACAGGAGAUCGUCGAUGGGUUAUUGGAAAUAUGGAGUUUGUUAGAAACAUUGACCAAAUGACGCCAGAGUUUAUUGCUUCAUUAAAUUCCAUUCUACCACAAAAUCAAGCUGGUUUGGACAACCCUACUCUUUGCCAUCAUGAUGCUUCUACAUUGGUAGAACAUAGAUUUCCUUGGGAUAAACUAGAGGAAUCAGCAGCACAUUUACGAAGUAAUAGCACCACAAGUCAACUAUCCAUCAAAAAAGUUUUAGAUACUCCUUUUUUUAAAGACAGCAUGCUAAUUGAAAUCGUGGAGCGAUUUCUUAAAGAUAUUCGUGCUAUUCACCCAGAGAACAAGGCAAAAAUGUUUAGUGGGCUGUAUGCUCAGCUUCACUGUCUUUCACAAGGCACUGUCAACGACUUUUUGCUACCCAAACUACUCAAUCAUGAGCUUUUUGUUGAGCCAGGUGCCGCAAACUUUUUUAUGGAACUACUUACUCCAACAACAAGCUUUUCAUUAGGUUUGUCAGGUAUGGAGUCUCUUUCAGUCAUUACCAAAGAAGCUUUUUCAGCCCACAUUGUUCCAUUCAUUCACAAAACAUUUACAGUUCGGCAGUAUGAAACACGAAUUUUAUUGCUUAAAAUGCUAGACCGAUAUAUUGAUUUUGUCUGCGAUGUAGAUGAGCUUAUUUUAAAAAAUACUAUCAUUCCCGAGCUGAUUAUUGGGAUGAGCGAUGCAGACGAUUUGAUUUACUUGGAAUCUGUUUGUGGACUUGCAAAGUGUAUUCCACGAUACUAUCAAUCGAUUACCGAGCGUAAACGCCACGUUGAUAUGGAUGUAUCUUCUGCUACACCGAACGACUCGUCAGAAAAGCAUUCUCAACGAGGAAAUCGUAGUCUUUCAUUGCAAUCAGCCCGAUCUAAUACAGCAAAUGUAGAUUCGCUUGGUUCAAACGAAGAAGGGAGAUUGCAUUUUCCUGCUUCACAAAAGACUACUUCUUUUCCGAGAUCCGAAUCUGUUGAUAUGGACGGUUCUCCAGAAUUUUCCAUGCAAUACUUGGUGGAAGAUAUGCUCAUUCCUCACACACUGCGAAUAUGUAUAUAUGAGAAUACAGAUGUCAAAGAUCUAUGGUGUCUUUUAGAUCAUUUAUCCAAUGUCUGGAAACGCUUGAUUGUUUUUUCUGAAAAAAACAAGGCAAGUUUGAAGUAUUGA